UGUGUGAUAGUGCGCAUGUAUUGCAUAGUAGGCUGCUACCAGACUACUAGCAGCAUGAUCUUAAAACUUCUUAGAGAUUGUAAAUUGUAACUUUUGCUACGAUAAAAAUUGAAUAUUUAGAAGAAGUGAAUCGGCAUAAUUAAAUCGCACUUGUCACAAAAUGGAAGUAGUCAGAAGUGUAUGGAGAAAACCACUUUUAAUAUACAAAGUUGGAAUGCAGGUGUCUUUACGAAAUAGCAGUUCUACAUCCAAACUAACAAGAAAGGAUAUUUCCUCACAAGAUGAUGAUACACGGGCAAUAAGUGCAGAUGUCGAUUUAAAUGUAAAAAAUGAUGUAACAUUCAAUGCACUUGUUUCAACUGAAGAGUUAUUGGCACAAAUAGGACUAGCACGAGAAUUUGCAAGUGAUGGAAAAGUUGAGCAUCCAUACGUUGAUAAAUUGAAAAGGGUGCAAAUGAUUUUAUUUGAUUUAAGCCAUGCUAUAUCAAAAUCGAUGCCUGGUGAAAGCAAAUCCUUUGAAAGUAAACAUAUUAGCGAUUUGGAAGAAUGGAUAUCGGAAUAUGCCAAUCAAUUGCCACCUCAAGAAACCUAUAUCAUUCCGGGAGGUGGUAAAGCUUGUUCUACUCUACAUUCAGCAAAGGCAAUAUGUAAACGUGUAGAAAGAAAUGUUGCAUCACUGGUUCAAGAUGGUUUAUUGAAUAAAGAAGCACAAAUAUAUUUAAAUAAAUUACAAAAUUUUUUACUAACAACAUCACGCAUUGCAGCAAAAUGUGAUCAACGUACAGAAAACAUAUAUAUUCCUAGAGCAGAACUUAAUGACAAAUAA